AGAAAAGCUCGCUGUUUUCACAGACUUGCAUCUUUACCCAUAUUUGAAAAAGGGAACGUUUAAUGAAAAUAUGGGCGACGCUGACCAACCUGUACAGAAAGAAGGUGGCUUUGAGUUCUGGAGGAAUACAUUAAACAGUUGUCAGUAUGUGGUAGCACCGAUGGUAGAUCAAAGUGAACUGGCUUGGAGAAUGUUAUGUAGAAAAUAUGCUGCUCAGCUAUGCUACACCCCGAUGUUUCACAGCUCAGUAUUUGCCAGGGAUGCUCAUUAUAGGCGAGAAUCCCUGCAAAGUUGUAAAGAAGAUAGACCAUUAAUUAUACAGUUUUGUGGAAAUGAUCCAGACAUUGUUUUAUCAGCGGCCAAACUAGCGGGGGACCUUGAUCCCAUAUCACAUAAGAAAGCUGUCAAUAUUCCAGUAUUUUCUAAUGGCAAUAUAGAAUACCUGUCUGAUGUGAAGAGAUGUAUUGAAGAAACUGGCGUGGACGGUGUUAUGACUGCAGAGGGUAAUCUACAUAACCCAGCACUGUUUGCAGGUAUUAAUCCACCUAUAUGGCAGAUGUGUGAGGAAUAUCUAGAUCUAGCUGAAAAGUAUCCUUGUCCUUUGUCAUAUAUCAGAGGUCAUGUGUUUAAAAUAUUGCAUCAUGGAUUGCAUUUGCACCCAGAUGUAAGGGACAUGGUUGGGGUGGCCAGGUCACCAGAAUGUCUUCGAAAAGCUGUGGAAGUUUUAAAGCAGAGAUGUCUGAUUGAGAUGAAGGACACAGAUUUCAAUCCUCGUGCUGGUCUGUUUGGAGAACUACCUCUACCAUACUGGUAUUGUCAGCCAUACCAAAGACCAAGCCCAGAGGAGGAAGAAAGAAAUCGCCAGAAACGUGAAUUACUAACACGUCCAGCAACAAUAGAAGAGCUUGUCGAGUUGAAGGGCAUGUCAAAGAAAAAAGUGAAGAAGCGUUUACGCAAUCCAAAUAAAAAUUUUGAUGCAAAGAAAAAAGUGAAAUUUGACAUCUGUGAGGACACAUUAUGCAAUAAUCCAAGAGGUCAGAAGUGCAAUUUUAAUUUGUGUAAGGGAUGCUGUAGAAAGAGAACAUCAAAAGAGGUGUUAGAUUGUCCAGGUAAAGGACAUAAAAUUCUUUUCACUACUCAUCCAGCACUUUUGGAACGGAUGAAUAAUUCAGAGGCAAAGGGCUCAGAGGAUAAAAAUUCAUCAAAUGAUAAUUCUGAAGAGGCAGGAAGUGACAUCAUUAAAACAGGAAGUGAUGUAACAAAGGACAUUCAGUCAUGUGACUUAAAAACAGAUUGUGAUAGUGACAGGUGUGAUGGAACUAAAGAGACGACAACCUAACCAAGUAGAAUUAUUAUCCACCAUAGAGCUUUCAUUACUGUUUUAUGAAGAAAUAUUAUACAAGUAUUUCUUUUACAGUUUUUCAUUGGGCUAUAACUUGUCUAAAUCCAGAUUGUUUUAAAGCAGCAUGCCUCCAGAUUUAUAAUAAUUUUCAUGAAAGUAUCAAAAAUGUAUUUAAAAUGUAAAAUAUUGUGAGGUGAUAAAAGAAGGAUUUUAACAUUGCAAACAGUAGUUACAAUCCAUGUAAAUUACCAAAAAAUAGGUCAAAAUAUGCAAAAAUAACACUUACUGUGUUAGUCACACACAGUAGAAAUAAGGUGAUAAAUACUGCAAAAUCAGUUACUAAUAGCACAUAACAUGUAAAUUAUUACUUGAAUUCUUUUUCUUUACAUCUUAGAACAGUUUUCUAAUUUUUGAUUUUCUUGUAGUAUGUUAGCUCAUCUGGAGGCAUGCACCUCUUUAAAACAUACAGUCAGCCAGUCUAUUUAGUUUUGUAAGCAGUGUGUUGACUAGAAUUGCUUUAAUUCAAUGUCAGGAUCACAUUGUAGGAAAUGAAUAUAAUUAUGUAGUUAUAACACAUGUCUAAAGGAUUAUGAUAUGUAAUGGUAACUUAAAUGCAAGAAUGCAACUACGUCAAAAAUGUUGCCUAAAGCUAUUGUAUAACAAUACACAAGGUAAAACAGAAGGCAUGGAACAUAUAAAUUGUCUUCUGUACCCAAGUGCAUCACCUUAUGUAAGUGCUUUUUUUUUUCAGCUCACCUGAGCACUAAGUGUUCUGAGGUGAGCUCUUGUGAUUGCCUGAUGUUGGUCUUCUGUUUUGUGUCUUCCUGUGUUAGCCACGGUUUUUCUAAGAAAUAAAAAACUAAAAACACUACCAACCAUUUCUUUUAGUAGAUUAAGAUUAAAUUUCAGAGAAAUGAUUCUUAUGUGAGUUAUUUUCAAACAUUUUAUAAGUAAUAUACAUUGUAAAUGAUUCAGUCACAGGAGCUGUAAAUACACAUUAAAAAUAAUACUUAAGAAAAAUCUCCAUUCCAGAAACACAAUGUUAUGCAGUAUAUAACAAUGGGAGUUGUUUUUUGUUGUUGUUUUUUUUCUUCAGAAAAUUAUAUAAGAAAACACAUAUUCAAAUCUUUUUGCCUGAAGCUAUAAAAUACAGAGCCAAGAAGUUUGAUAUGGUGUGUUUUUACUUAAAAAAUGCACUAAAUGUCUGUGCCAAAUGCAACAACUCGGGAUAACCCGUCAAAUUCCUGCCCCAAGCCUUCCAUGCCUCCACAAUGUAAAGUUUCUGUAGGCAGCGUGUCGUUUACUCUUAUUAUUCUAGGACUCAGUUUAUAGUAAACAAACAAACAACAACAAACUGUUUAUAUUCUAUUUAUGGUACGAGGCACGUCAUCAGACAUUUCAUCAAUAAAAACAUAUUAUUAAGUAUUUUCAAUUGGUUUGUGAAAAAUUGCGGAAUCGCUCAUGACAGCGCGAUGAAUCUUCAUCAGACAACCACUAAUGAAGAUUAAAUUGAUCUACCUACAGACUACCACUAUAGGAGAUAAAAGGUGCGACCAGGAGCGAUAUGCCGUACGCCCGAAUAGAUCCCUACCCCUGUUGCACUAUUAUUUUGUAAUGAUAGCCGCCCCCUCGCGAUACAUAUAAUAUGCUAUGAAGGUACACCGCCGUACCUAAUAUAACCAGCAAACAAGGUACUCCGCCAUACCUAAUAUAACCAGCAGCCAAGGUACUCCGCCGUACCAAUAUAACCAGCAGCCAAGGUACUCUGCCGUACCUAAUAUAUCCAGUAGCCAAGGAACUCCGCCAUACCUAAU